AGCGACUAUGCCGUCAACAGGUCUUCAGCUGCUGGGCUUGGUCCUGGCUGUGCUGGGUUGGGUGUGUGGGGCACUGGUGUGUGCUGCUCCUCUGUGGCGUGUGUCUGCCUUCGUAGGUGGGGAGCUGGUUAUUGCCCAGGUUUUGUGGGAAGGACUGUGGAUGAACUGCCUGUCUCAGACCACGGGCCACAUCCAGUGUAAGAGCUAUGACUCCACCUUAGCUCUGCCCAAAUCUGCCCAGGCUGCCCGGGGCCUAACUGUUCUCUCCCUGCUGCUCUGCCUACUAGCGCUUAUGCUCGGGGUGACAGGGGCCAAAUGUACUCACUGCAUGGGUAAUGGUAACCAGGCCUCCAAGGCGCGUCUUGCUAGGAUAGCAGGGGUGCUCUUCCUUGUGGCUGGCCUGGCCUACUUGAUACCCAUCUGCUGGACCGCCUAUGCGAUAAUCAAGGACUUCUAUGAUCCAAAUGUUGCUGCACCUUUAAAAAGAGAGUUGGGACCAGCACUCUACUUGGGCUGGGGGGCUAGUGUGCUUCUCCUGCUGGGGGGUGCUCUGCUGCAUGUCGGUUCCUCUCCAGCAGGAGGACGAGCGCUGCCUGUUUACGGAGGAGCAGCAAAGGACAACACACGUACAGGGGCAGCAGGAGAGGUGAAGCAACAGGAAAAAUCUUUCGUAUAAGAUGAUUUUAUUGGACAUAUGAGAUUCUAACAAACAUGGGAGUCACCACUUUUUGAGAAAAGCCUGUGGAAAUUGCAAGGUGUCAAUACACUGCGAAUACUCAGACUGUAUUGUGUGCUAUGUUGGUUACGUUAUGAGGCUGAGUUAAUCAAUUCAAUAAUAAGUAUCUAAGGGUUUCUAAUAGAACACUAUUUUGUGCUUCACUUAGUAUCAGCGUGGGUGUUGAAAUGAGAUGUGGGAGGAUUUUAGAUGUUUAGAUGGUUACUAAUGUGUGUGACUUACAUUUCUCAAAUUCCACUCUGCCUCUGCUUGUGUGUUUGUGUAUGUGUGUGUGUGUGAGUGAGUGGGUGAUCUGUGUACAGAAGGCCAGUGUACAUUGUAUAGCUGUGUAUGUUGAUGUGGUCACUGAAAAUGUGUGUGGGCAGUCAAAGUGCUGCUCUUUUUCUGAUUUACUUUUUUAAGGCUUUUGUGUAUUUGGGGGUUUCUAAGCUAAUUUUUACCCUUUAUAGUCAUUGUUUUUUUCUGUUCUUAUUUAUUUCUUUAUUCUUGUUUACAUUUCUUUUUACUGUGGUUC